AUGGCUACGAAACCUUCUCUCUCCACCACCACCACUACCACCACCAUGCCUGAAACUCUGUCGUUUGAAAUACAUCCGGAAGUGGACCCAAAACACGUUUCCGAGACUCUAAAAUUUGCUAUGCUUAUGAAUAUUGGCGCUCUCGUUCCUGAAAACUGCAACACCGACGGUUUUUUCAACUCUUUCCUUCAGAAUUUCAUCAAAGUAGAUCAAAUCCAACUUGGUCGAAUCUCUUGCACUGUUAUUGCCAAAACACCUAUCAAUGUAACCUCAUUUCCUCUCUUUUUUUCAAAAAAAAUUAUAUCAAUUUUGCGUGACCUGUACGAACGCACGAAUAAAUGA